GGCCUAUCUGCAUCGUGCUUGUUCAGCUAAUAAAAAAGGUUUUGACACAAGACCAAGAAAAAACCAGCUCAGAAAUUUUUUAAAGAAAAUGUUCCAACACACCAUGUCGUGCAAAUUAAGGCAAGGCUAAUGCUUGGUUCAAGAUGCUAUCCAUAUAUACAUGCGCCCCUUCUAAAUUCUAACACACCAUCUCAUGCAAGUUAAGGCAUAAGUUGAAACAACAAGAUGACUAAACUUGCAGUUUUCCACUGUUUGUUAAUCUCCCUUUGCCUUCUGUGCAUUGCCUUUAGUACCGAUGCUAAUAACCAGGUCAACAAUCUUCACAAGUUGAUCAUGUCAAGAAGGUCGCAGAACUCGUCUCUUUCCAUUUCUUGGGCAGAACUAGAAGCAACAGAGGAGCAUUCCACCGUGUUUGCCAAGCCGCAAGAUGGGUCGAUGGAAGCCGAUAGGAUCCAUAAGUUGCCGGGCCAACCAAAAGGGAUGAAUUUUAAUCAAUACUCAGGAUAUGUUACAGUUGAUCCCAAGGCCGGAAAAGCUCUUUUCUAUUAUUUUGUUGAGUCCCCAAAGAACUCUUCCACUAAUCCUUUGGUCCUGUGGCUCAAUGGAGGGCCAGGAUGCUCCUCUCUUGGUUAUGGAGCCAUGAUGGAACUAGGACCCUUCAGAGUCAACAGAGAUGGUAAAACACUCUUUAGAAACAACUAUUCAUGGAACAAUGUGGCCAAUGUGAUCUUCUUGGAGUCUCCAGCCGGUGUGGGAUUUUCGUACUCGAACACAACUUCAGAUUACCAACGAACAGGUGACAUGAGCGCUACCAAAGAUGCCUAUACUUUCCUUGUCAAGUGGCUCGAAAGGUUUCCACAAUACAAAACCAGGGACUUCUUCAUGGCGGGGGAGAGCUACGCUGGCCACUAUGUGCCUCAACUCGCAUACACCAUUCUUCUCAACAACAAGAAUGCAAAGAGAACCAUCAUAAAUCUCAAAGGCAUAACUAUCGGGAAUGCAUGGAUUGAUGAUGCUACAAAUAUAAUGGGGAUGUUAGAUUAUUUAUGGACACAUGCCAUGAACUCUGAUGAAACCAACAAAGGCAUCCAUUCUUACUGUGAUUUUGCAAAUUUAAGUUCAUCCAUUCUUACCCAAUGUGGGAGAUUUUUGGGUAAAGCUCUAUUUGAAGAAAUUGGCGAUCUCUAUAUGUACAACAUUUAUGCAACACGCUGCCUCAAUGCUUCAUCCAAAAAUGGAUCAAAUGGUUCUAUUUAUAAUUCUGAUCCGUGUUCAGAGUACUACAUCAACUCAUAUUUGAAUAUCCCUGAAGUGCAAGCAGCUCUUCAUGCUAAUCGAACAACCUGGAGCUCUUGCAGAGAUUUUCACUGGACUGAAAGCCUAAGUACCAUCCUACCCAUCAUCGAGCAUCUCAUGGCGAGCAGUAUAAGGGUAUGGAUUUACAGUGGGGAUAUAGAUGCUGUCGUGCCAAUUACUUCAUCCAGGUACUCCAUAAACAGCCUCAAGCUCCCCAUUGUUUCAGCUUGGCGUCCAUGGUACACCAACUAUGAGGUGGGUGGAUAUGUGGUACAAUACAAAGGAUUAACGUUAGCGACAGUAAGAGGAGCUGGACACAUGGUUCCAACCGACCAACCAGAGAGAGCAUUAACCAUGGUCUCUUCUUUCCUUCGAGGACACUCCCUUCCUUCAUCAUCAUGACACGAGAAUUGUAGAAUGAACCUAGCCCUCCAAGUGUCGAAUGUCUGGUGUCUGGGUCUUUGCCAUGUGGCAGUUGGUCCAGCUCUUUUUACUUGAUUUAGAAAGAGUUCGAACUCAUUGUUACAUGGCAAGUACCUGAACACUAUUGAAGUUAAUUUAUGUUUUCCAGAAACUCUUCAAUUUUCUAGAUUACUAUUAUUAGUGUUUGCUAUUGUUAGCUGUUUUUGGGAAGUUGUAUUUCAAUCAAUGAAAUUGUGAGUCUCAAUGUAAUAGUAUAAGUAUGUGAUUAAAGUGAAAUGAAAAGGCAGAACCAUAAAAUCAAUCCGUGAACAAUUGGGUUGAGGUUUCUCAAGAA